UCUAGAUAACAAUAAUAUAUAAUUUCCCUAACUGUUUUUAAAUGCUAGAACAUGGAUUUAUAUGAAUUAGAAGACGAUUUGGAUUACAAAAUUCUAGAAGAAUUGAGUGUAGUGGAUGAAGCAGCAGAGGACCAAGAAAAUGGUGGUGUUGUAGCAGAUUGAUGUGAAAGGAUGUGACUGCCAAUGGCAAAGAUUCAAGGAAAAAGAAAAUGACUAACAAAUCUCGGACCAAAAAAAUAAAUCGCCCAGCAGGAAAGUUCACGGAGGACGACAUGUUGAUGAAGGUAAAGGACUAUGUCACAUCUGCUUUCAAGUUAUUGGUAGAGGACCCUGUCUACAGCAAUAAGCGGUAUCCAAUUCCAAUCGAAUUUGAGACAAGGAAACAUUUGACUGUAAAUCUGCUUAGCUCAAUGAGUGAAAUCGAUUAUCUGGAUGUGAUGUUUCAGAAAGUUGUUGAAAAUAAAAUUAUACAAGCAUACUGGUGUAAACUUACAAGAGAGAGCCUUGGUGAUAAUGCCUCAAAACAACUACUUGACAUAAACAUAAAGUAUUGGAUAAAAAUAAGGGCUAAUGCAUUUUUGAAAGUGUAUAGUAAUUUGAAAAAGGAAAGUGGUAAACUAUCAAAGAAAGGUGAAAAGUCUCUCAGAAAGGAGUUAAACACUUAAAUUUUGAGGGCAUACAUUUAUAUCUUGCUGCAGAUGACUAAUGAAUUUACCAAAGAAUUUUUUUAACAUGUUUAUUAUUUUCCAUAUCAGAAUAAUUCAUUGAGUGUAAAAAAUUAAUUAUUAAAUUUUAAGUUUGGCAGUAAUUUGGUCUUUGCUGCAAUUAACUGACUGAAACAUAAUAUACUGAAUUUUGUUUGUAACAUGUUUUUGAAUAUAAGUGAAUAAAUUAAUAAAGUGUAGUAAUUUAAUUAUAAAUUUUAGUUUGGCAGUAAUUCAGUCUUUGCUACAAUUAACUGAAACAUAUAUAGUAUUUGACUGAAACAUAUAUAUAUAUUUGUUUGUAACAUGUUUUUGAAUAAAUAUGUGAACACAUUAUUUGUUUGCAGUGUAGUUAUGUAUAUAAUGUGUUGAUGAAAAUACAAAAUAAUGGACACUACUAAUGGCAAAACCUUAAUUCAAAUCUCUUUUUUUUUUGGUUCUGAUAAGAACCAUUUGGUUUGAAAAUUUUGUCUUCUGCCGACUUCAAGUUUGGUGCAACUUCCUUCUUUGAAGUGGUGUGUCAUCCAAUGUCUUCUCAUUAUCGGUGAGACUUCGGCAGUUGCCUCUCUUAGACGCAUUGGCACAAUGGGAUGCCACAUACAAUGCCUGCAUAUUGUGACCGAACUGCAAAGCGGUGGGAUUUGUAUUGUGUCCUCCAGCCCCUCGUUGCUUGCUGAAAUAUUGUUCAAGAGGAUCUUGGUUGAAUUUUGCGCUCAAUAUACAGUCAACAUCAGGCAAUUCCAACAGCUUCUUUGUCAGUUCCACAAAUGAAUUGACUGUUGAGAUAAUAAAAACAUAGAUUGUCAACAACUGAACCAGUAAAAUAAAUUUAAAAAGUAUAAUGCAUAAUGCAACAUUCUGACACUAUGUUAUCAUUCCUGAUAACAAAAUUAGUGAAUAUUGAAUCCCAACACAAAGUAAAAGUAUGCAUUACACUUCCUUAUAUAAAAUUA